AUGAGUAAAUGUGGCGGAUGUUUGAGAACAAUCACUAAACAAGAUGUCAAAAAUGUGAGACCACAGGUAAAGCGCAAUAGGUCUGAAAUGGGUCUCAUAAGUCUCUCGCGUGGCGCCCAUAAUAGGCCCAUUACAGACCUAUCGAAAACAAAUUUUCGAUAGGUCUGUAAUAGGUCAAUUAUAAGCUUACAAAUCAUCGAAUUUUGAGCUAUUUUUUGUGAAAAAUAGGUAUAUUAUGGGCCUAUUAUAGGCCUACAGUGCAUCCUACAUGAAAAUCAGCAAAAGCUGAAACUCUACUCUAUCAAGUUCUACUAACUCCCAAUGAUAUCUUACUGACUCUUAUAUAGCUCAAUUACCCUAACUCUAUAACCCCAAGACCCCAACUUACUUGAUUUCCUUUGUUUUUGUUUCAUACUCUAAAAAAAGCGCGCCUCCAAUAUAUAGGGUACAUAAAUCUGACAGGCGACGGCUGCCUGGGCGCGCACAUCGCUAUGUUUUGUGUGGUGAGCGCGUGAGUUUUGUGAGUGUGUGUGUGUGUGAGCACGCGUUUUUAAAAAAUAAAACAAAGUCUAUGAGGCAAAUCUCUGUAAUUCUUCACAAAUAUCGCAGUUUUUACUUAUGAACUAACAUCUCCUAACUCAGUUUGAGCAUCUGCUUCGAUCAAAGCUGAGUUAGGCUAUCUCGGGACCUCAGUUUUGGUGUUUUAUUAGAGAGGAGUUUGUGGUGAAUUAAUCAAAGUCUAUGGAACAAAUGACUGAACGUCUUCAUAAAUAUCGCAAAUUUUAGAUAUGAGCUAACAUUCCCUAACCCAGUUUGAGCUUCUGCGUUGGUCAAAGCUAAGUUAGAAGAUCUCUGGACUUUUUUUUCGUAUGUUUCUAGGAUCUUUUUUUAGUCAAUGAACGAAAAAGUAUAUGGAGAGAAUUACUGAAUUUUUUUAUAAGUUUAGCGGUUUUUUCAUAUGUGCUGACAUUCCCUCAAUGAGUUCGAGCUUUUGCUUCGAUCAAAGUUGAGUUAGACCAUCUCUGGACCUCAGUUUUGUGUACUACUUGAGAACAAUAUUCUGCAGAGUGAACUAAAUUGUUUGGGGGGAGUAAUGUAUUCAUUUCAGAACAUAACUAAUUUUUCAUAUGAAUUGAGCUGCCACAGACAUGCUCAAGCUUCUUUUUCGAUCAAUAUUGUUUUUAUGAUAGUCUAGCAAAGAGUUUUCAAAUUAAGCUGAUAGGCGUCUCAUAGGCCUAUAAUAGGUCUCAAAUAGCUGUUGAAAAAAACUCAAAAAACAAGCGAGAACAUCGCUGUGGUAUGAAGAAAUUUGUUGGUAUGGGUUCCUAUGUGCACUAUUUCUAUCAAAAACAUGUUUAUAAUUAAGUUUUAAGAUUUUGAAUUUUUUUGAUUUUUCAAGUGAAAUUUGAUAAUUUUUCGAUAGGCGUGUAAUAGGCCAAUUGUGGGCGCAAAUUAUAUUUUAUGCCUAUUACACGCCUAUUAUAGACCUAUUGCGCUUUAUCUGUGACUACAAAAAAAAGCAUUAGAAAAUAGAUAUUUGUAGGGCAAGGUAAUUGGAGUUUUGGAUAGUUUAUGGCAUCGCGAUCAUUUGAAAUGUUGUUAUUGUCGAACUCAUCUUUCGGAAGAUCAAGUUUAUCGAUCGAGUUUUGAUCGAUUUCAGGCGGCUUGUUAUAAUUGUUAUAUGAUGACAACACAUCCAACUUGCGCAGGUUUGCGGGGAUUUUUUGAAAAUAAUUUCAGUGAACUGUGAUUUUUCGCACUGAAGUGUCUAGAAACAAUUCCAAAAUUUUGUAGAUCAGCUAGCUUCUGAAAGCUUGAAAUGUUUGUGCUAGAAAUCGAAAUUUCUAUAGAAUUUAUUCUUCAACACAAAAUCUAGGUCUAGAACCCUUUUUCAAGCGUAUGUACUUCUGAAACAGUAGAUUUUUUUAUGAAAAACUUAUUUCUCUAAUAUUUUUUGCAGGUUGUUUCGAACCUCUAAUGGAAAAAGCAACGCAAGCCAUGGAUUUAUUGUAUCAUCAAAAAUGUUUCAAAUGUGCACUUUGCCGAAAAGUAAUUCCAAUCGGAAAUGGUUUUUAUGAAAAAGAUGAUAUGAUUGUAGAUCAAAAAUGUUACAUUAUGCAAUGCAGAGAAAAACUUUUGUAA